UGAAGAGUGACGCUUCCUGUUGGAUGUAAACAAAAAAACAUAUUUUUUUAUUAUUAAAGAUAUAAGUUAAUGUCAGUGGAUAUAUCUGAUAAAGGACAGAAGAAAGCCUUGUUUGAACAUGUUUGCCUCACCUGUCCUUAUAAGUCCCCGCAGUAUAGCUGGGUAGAAUAGAUCAACUACAAUGUCAGCGACUGAAGAUUCAAGUCAUGAUGAGUCGAUAUCUUCACUGAAGCAUGAAGAAGAGAAUGAUGGUGCGGACGCGUUCCUUGCUGGUAAGCGACCAAAGCGUGCUCGCCAGAAGUCCCAGAAGAUAUCGCAGGAGGAGGAGUCAAUCUCAGAACUGUCAGAAGAUGAUAAAAUUAUGUCAGAUAUAGUGGAUGACGAUGACUCCAUCAAAGAUGGUGAUUACACACCUGACCAUAGCUCUGAUUCCAGUGAUGACGAAUUUUCUUACUAUGAUGAAUACAUCAGGGAGAAGACAACAAAUCGGAAAAAGAUCGAAGUUGUUAUGGAUAUGAGUGAUUUAAUAGUUGAACACCCCGAACCAAAGAUCCACAUUGUGCCCAGUUCAAAUCCGUCUCAACUCGUACAUGAUGGAGUGUUCCGAAUUCCAAGUCCGCUUGAUAAGAGAAAUAAACAUCGGAGGGCGAAGAUACUUGAUGCCGCUUCGCCUAUAUGUGUAAAGAAACACUCAAUUAUGAGGUAUAGGAGACCCCCUGAAAAGUUUCUGAAAGCAUUACCAGAACAUAGACGAUGGAGGGCAAAAUCUGAAAAAUCAUUUCUAAGGUUCACAAAACAGGGAAAAUGUUUGCAAAAGAGAAGAGGGCGACCCUCAAAAUAUGAAAACCCACUACAAUCCUCUAGUCCGGUGUUUUCUUCAGAAGAAGCUGAAUGCUUAAAAGCCUGUCAAGAUAUUCUAGACACUGACACUGUACUAGAAAUGGACCCAAGCACUGGGCAAUUAAUAAAUGUUCCAUUGACACCAAGUGAUAAUGAAAUAGUCAUUUCCAUUGCAGAUGGAGAUAAUGGAAAUUCUGCAAUUAGUGAUGAACUUGCUUCAGUAUUGAAUUUCUUUGACUCAUCUGAGAUUGGGUCAAACACUCCUGUCCUCAAUGACCAAAAUAGUGCAAUAACUUACAUUGUGUCUACUGAAGACUGUCCGACAGUAAGCUCAGAUGAAAAUAUGCUUUCACUUUCAACUUCAAGCCUAGGAGAUCUCAUUAAACAGGAUGUGAAUAUGAACAGUGCAGUUUUUGAAAAGAGCAAUAAUACAGAAAACCUUUCAUCUUCACUUGAUGGGCAUGACUCACUUAUUAUUGAUACACGUGUAUCAAUGGAUUCCAAUAAAAGAUUCAUCCUUAAAGGUCUGAACAACGGCUCAGUGUUAGAAGUACAGGGAUCAAGCCAGGCAUUUUCUCAGCCGACCAGUUUUAUGUCUGAACAACCACUAGCAAGUGUGACACACAAAAUGUCUGACUCUGUUGCUGACAGUCAAAAUGGAGGUUUUAGUGUCACAGCAUUUACUCAGGGUCUAAAUAAUGCUCAUAUAUUGACUGCUCCUCAUACAGAAUCAUUGUUUAUACCAGGCUUGCUAAGUAAUGGUGGUACAACGCUUAAGGGCCCUCAGAGACUGACCAAAACAGAAACAGAAGACCCAGAACAGAUUCAGAUUGUUCAAGCCAAUGUGCCAUUAGGAACCUGCUCCGUUUUAGGUGCCUCUGAAGGCAGGGCUCCUGAAAUCACCCCCUCUGCAUCAUCUCCCACCCAUGGACGACCUCUCUCACCCAGCAAGGUUUUGGCUGCUUUGGAGAGUGGUCAGAUCACUGUUGAGGAUAUUGGUCCUCAUCUCCCUCAAUUACUCGGCAUGUCUGCACAACAGUUGGCUGCUCUGUUGUCUGGGAACCUGAAUCUCCAAGACUGUCAGGCAGGGAGCCAGAUUCCCCAAACCAGUUUCCCUGAAGAGCAGGCCAAUCAAACCAGUCUGGAAAGGCAAUUUCUUCAAUUUCAAACCAAUCAUCAGACAGUGUCCCAGUCUAGUGUAAGUCAGUUUCCAAGCCAAGAAGUAAGACAAGGGCUAUCAGAAAAAGACAUGGUAAAGAAAGCAAUUCUUGAUCGGUUGAAAGUUAUGCAGACACAUACCAUUUCAGGAAUUGAACAUGUGACAGAUGAAGACAAAAGUAAUGGUACUGGGGCGAACAUUAAGUAUAUGGGUGGUGCUCUGCAGAUAAAAAGUGAUGAUAAAUAUCUGGGAAGUCCAAUACAAAUGACUGCUAGAAAUAUUGAUGAAACUGGUUCAGGUAAUACAAAUCGAGAAUAUGCUGCGGCCAGUUAUGACAUCAAAUUUGAUAAGAUUAAACAAGCCAUUAUGGAGAAAUCAAGGGGUAAUGCCCUUUCUGAUGCACAUACAGAGAAAAUAAACAAAGAACCCAGUUGUGGUGGAAGUUCAGUUGAAUCGAACAUUCCGGUUGCAGUAAUAAACCCAACGAAGAACAUGAUAAGUGUGUAUAGCCAAGUGAACAGGAAUCAGGCUGGGGUUUUGGGAGGUCAAAGGCUUAGAGGGAUUAUUUCUGUGAAUGAAUCAGACUUGGCUGUGACAUAUUGUAAGUGUGAGCCUGGUCAGAGGGAGGAGGUCCCGGUUGAACAAGUUUUCAAUGUUGAUGGUCAGUUAUUCAAAUUGUCUUCGGCAAAUGUCAUGAAAAUUGGUAGCUUUCAGUUCUAUUCAUUUAAAAAGAGGAGUGGUUGGUAUUUGCCAGUUGCGCUUUUGCACAAGAUCCUUGGUCCAGAAAUGCAAGAAUUGUUUGAUGAAAUAGCCAUGGAGGGUUGUUACAAUCUUACUAUUAUUAGUAUGGGAAGAAAUGAAAUAGAGCUGCUAAAACAGAAGUGUGCAUUUAAUGAAGCAUUUGAAAGUACAGAUCUAAUUGGGUUAAAUGAUGUUAGAGGAAUCUGUAGGGCUAUUGCAAAUGUUCUUGACAACAGGGUUGUGAAAAUGAUUGCAACAAAUCCAGUGAGUAGAAAGGAUUUGGGAGGACACUGUCAGUGUGCAAAUUGUGGACUCAGUACUAGAAGAGUUGGUCGAGUGAUUGACACUUUCAAAGAGAUUGACCUUAACCAGAGAAAUACGGCAGAUACUGGUGCAGUAUCAGACUUGUCAGUGGGAUCUUUAAAGAUAGGAGAUUUGGACAUACCAGCUUAUGAAUCAGAACACAAACACUACAUUAAUAUAGGGGAGUUAGUCACUGCAAAGAUUGUGGACUCCAAACAGACUAAACACAAUCUUGGGACCAUUGGUGCAGCAUUUGUCAAAGCACCUGAAGAAAUUAUGAAACAUUAUUCAUGUAAAACAAAAGAAAGGAUAGAAAGAUUAGAGAAUGAAUGGAUAUUUGUAGACAACCUCAGGUUUGUUGUGUGUAUGAGUUUGAACAAGACCGGCAAAAAGAAAUGUACUCUAGACAAGAAAUCCCGGGAAAUGAUUGCUAGAGGGGAAUAUACCUUUCAUAAGUUGGUUUCUGUAUUGAGGGAAGAUGAAAUUAAGGUAGAGAGUGAAGAACUACCAGUAAAUCCUGAAAACGAUGUUCAAAAUAGACAGAGACCAGGAGGAAAUGGUCAGGAAAAUGGUCAGAAAGACUCAAAAGAAGUUAGCAUGAACAAAAAACCCAGUACGGCUACUAUUAAAAAGACUGGUGAUGCUAGGACAAAGAAUACUGGUAAAACAACGGAUGAAACAAAAGGUUCUGAAAAUACGGGCAGAGAUAACAAAAAAUGUGAAGAAAAUGAGAAUGAAAGUAUGCUAAGUGAUAUUGAUGAGUCAGAAAUAGAUAGUUUCUCUGAUAUUGAAUCAUGUCCUAGUGAGACGAAGAAAGGGUCAUCAACAUCAAAAAGAAGGAAAGCAUUAAGAGUGAAGAUAACUUCACCAAAACGAAAAGCAAAAACUGAAAAUGAAGGAAAGGAUUGUGGUGGUAUACCACAGUGUACAAGUUCAGAAAAAAGACAAGCCUGUGAGAAAAAAGAUGCAAAAAUUGUUCUCCAAAAUUGUGAUUUCAUUGUGAAAGACAUGAAAACAUUGAAAAGGCGCUUAAGUGCUGGAAAAGUGUUUUUACCAGAUGGAACUGUUUGUAGAAUGGCAGAAACUAAGCAAAACGUGUCAUUGACAAAAAAGCAUGAUGACAAUAGGGCUGAAAAUUUAAACACAAACAAAUGCAGUGUUGAUGUACAGUUAGAAACAGACAUGGCUGCUCAAGAAUUGGAAAUAAUUACCAGGCAGGAACUUGAUCAAAGAACUGAAGUUAUAAAUGAUUCUGAUAUUAAAUCAGUGGAUGAUACACAACAGUUACAUCAAUAUAAUAUUGAAAAGAACACCAACACUGCUGGUCAAAAUUCAAAUGACUUGAAAUGCAAUAGUGAAACUGAAAUAACAAUAGAAAGCACUGCAGAUAAUAUUGAACAUGUUGAAAACAUAACUGGUGAUAGCCUAGAAGAUACUGAAAUUCAUCCCUUAAAUAUACUUGUAAGCAAAGAAUUGGAAACAGUUGGAAAUGAAAAUCGGAAUAAAGAUAUUGAAAAUGCAGUGGAGAUGGUGGAGAUGGAUAGUUCUAUACAAAGUGAUAGAAAAGAACAAGAUAAUGACACAAUUAUAAAAAGACCAGUGCCUAGAAAGAAAAUAGUUGAAGGCAAGCCACAGCAGGAUAUUGUGUUUACUACUCCUGAAAGACGGACAAGAACCAGGCAGCAAUCUAUGAAAGAUGCCUUGAAUAUUUCUACAAAGUCUCUGACACAGAAUGCUUCUCAAAGGCUUUCUGAUACUGGUUUAGGUAAAAUAAUGGAAUCAACGAAUGAAGCACCAAGGAAAGGUGCUAAAGUUUGCAAAAUAGAAACUGCUAGCAAGGAUCCUGUUCUUUCAAACAGCAAUGAGAGGUCUGAAGAUAUUUCACUUGAAACAUUGCAGCAACAGGAGUCAGUUGCAUAUGAAAAAGAGGAGCAAAAGAUUGUUCCUAGUAUUGGCAAACCAAAUAAUAAAACAAAGUUAAACAGUAAAAGUACAGAUAUGCAGGGUCAUACAGAUGGUGAGUUACCAGUCACCAAUAUUGAAUGGGAUAUGGAAGAAACUGUGAAUUAUAGCAGUUUGGCAAAGGCAGGUGAAACAGGAUUUGCAGUGGAUUUGAACCAAGUCUCGAAAGUUGGAAACCAUGAAAUUGACGAAUUUAGCGAACAGAGUAUUGCAAAGGAUAUUCGGGGCGAAUUAAGAAGUCCAAUGAGUGACAUCGCCAACUUAGAUAGUAUUUCGAAUGAUGGUGAAAGGAGAUAUGUCAAUGAUAAAGAUUGCGAGAAUGCUCUUACAGAUGUCAAUAAAAAAUUUGAACAUGCAAGCAAGAAUCAUGACGGAUCUGUAGAGAAGCCAAGAGUAACUACAAGUACACCUAUUCCCCCUUUUGCUCAGACAAAGACAUCAACAUCAGAUUUCAUUGGAGGAUUAUCCCCUGUCCAAAAUCUCCCCACAGUGAGUGAAUCAGACCGGCAGAAGUUGGAAAUGGAGAGGAAGAUUAAGAAUUAUGUGCGGUUUACAUGUUAUCGGGAUGAAAAGGACUGUAUACGGUUCAAGGUCGCUGGUUUCCUGGCUGGUGCUGAAAAAGUGUUUCCAUCCCUAUUCCUUCCUCAUCCGAGUGAUCCAAGGGCCAGAUUUCUCAGAAAGAAGUUCUGUCAUUCAGCAGCUGAGUUUGUUGGCAACAGUUUCAAGAAGAAAAAGAGACAUCUAGGAAAGGAAAGGCUAUCAAAACAUACAGAGGUUGUCUAUACUUCAAGAGAGCAUACUUAUAGACCUUCAGGUUUAAAUACAAGGUCUGUCAGAAUACCUCAAGCGGUCGGGAAAUUUGAGCCAUCUCCUGAACAUUUUGCUAGGCUAAUUCCUGGGAUUCUGGAUGGAUGCAUGGAAACUCAAAAUGAUGACAUGAAGUUUGAAGCUGCAAGUGAAAUAUCGGAUGUGUCUGUAUCAGUGUCUGAUAGUUGUUCAAAUAUUGAUGAAAAUGUGACAAGUGUUAAACAGCGUAGUGGAAUGAUAGCAAAGAAAGAUGGUGCAAUGGACAUGGCUGGUGUUGAAAACCUAAGGACUGUUCCAGAAGAUCAGCUAGAGUUGACAGAUGCUUAUGAUGCAAGACCUGGUAUAAAGUAUGCUGAAAGUUCAGAAGAAAUUGCAUCUACUGAAACUCAUUCAAAGACAGUCUACAGUAAUCCAUUUACAAGUACAUUCUCAAAUGAAGAUUUGAAAUCAAACCUUGGUAGAUUAGUAAGACAGGUUCGUGAAAUGAAAUGUGAGAGAGGUUUGACAAGUUCGUCUGAGGAGGGUUUGCUACUGAAACGUUCCAUUUCUGAUGAUUCAACUUUCAGUAAAGAAAAACAUGGACAUAUCAAAAUAACAUUAAAGAGAACACAUAGAGAAGUUCUAGAAGACAUUAUUAAAGAGAGUGAUGAGUUUGUAAAGGAGAGGAAGAGGCACAAAAGUGAGCCACCUGUCAGACAAAAAGACAAGCAAGGAAAGACUAAAGUAAGAAAUAAAAGUGUAAGUAUAGAUAGGAUGAAAAGGGCAGACAUAAAAAUUUCUGAUGAGAGACCAGAUAUAGUUCUAGUGUUAAAGAAAAAAACAGAAAGUAAAGCUGAAAGCAAUGAUACAAAUGCAGAUAAAUCAGCUAAGAAAAAAGCUAAGCUUCAGAGCAAAUCAGGUGGAGUAGUUAAACAACCAAAGGGAUUGAAUAAAACAGUGCAGUCAGUUGGGAAGCUUGACUUAAUCACCAAAAAGAAAAGAAAGUUGGAAACAAGAAAAGAGAUCAGUAUAGAAGAUAUGACAUCUUGUUGGGUUGUGUUGAAGAAAUUGAAACUGGAAGAUUAUGGCAUUAAAGAAUCAUGAGUUGAUGUUGACAGUUGUGUUUUUAUGGGUUUUUAUUGUUUCUGUUUUUGUUAAAGUAUUUGUUUGUGAAGUCUGAGAUGAUGAGAUUGUUCUGUCUUCUAAUGUACUUAGAAACAGUGUUGAUUAUCAAAUUUGUCUUUAUCAAGGCUUUAAUAUUACUUUAAUAUUUGUUAGUGAAUGUAGGGGUAUUGUUCUAUUUGGCUAUGUAUGUCUUGUGUUGCAAUACGAGUACAGGUAACUUACAUUCCUUUACUGUUUGUACAUGUAUUAUAUAAAUAAGUUUGCUUUGAAUAUAUAUUCUGAUCUCUUCAAAAGUUUUGUUUUAGAUUUUUUACAUAUAUUCUGAUAAAACGACAGUAUUUAAGGUAUUUUUCUUCAUUACUGAUUUAAUAGUUUUAACUCAGUUUUAUUAGAGUUGAAGUCCUGAGGAUAUUCACAUGAAACUUACAAAAGCACACAUGUUACAUUGGUUGUAAGGCAUUUACAUGUAUGUAUAACAAGGCACAUACUGCUGUUAAUGAUUUUAGCUCAGUGGUCGAAAUUAGCACAAGCCCUGCACGGGUUAAAUGUCUUUCGGGCUUGCUCAAAUUCUGAAUUUUAUAUAGCAGGGCUUGUUCAAAAAUUUGAUGCCAAGCAAUAGUAUAAUAAUUUGGGCUUGUUGAUCCAAAAGUCUAAUUUUGAUGACUGUUAGCUGGUCUGUUUUCUGAAGAAACAAGUGGAGGGAUUGUCAUAGCCUUUGUGUAGUUGUCAUUGUCUACAUCAUUGUGCUAAAAUGUCAACGUGGCCAUAAUUUCAUAUCCCAACUGGGUACAGAUGUAACAAGAGAGAAGAGGCAUAUUUAUUACUCAGUAGAAAUCUCUGGCUUUAUUGAUUAUUGAGUUAUGCCUCUUGUUCUACUGAAAAAAGAACAGAUGACCAUUGGUGUUUGCUUGAAGGCACUCUUAUUUUGUGAUGCCCCUUGGUUAUCACGUUUCCACAGGCAAAAUGUGCAGCAAGGCCCAUUACUCUGGAUGAACUAAUAGUCAAAAUAUGCCCUUAGUUGAAUUAUUUUAAACUGACUCGAUUCGUAAUUUCUCAAUUACCAUAACUUGAACAGUUUUGUAUAUCAAGGCAGUAGUAAAAAUGGUUAACAAUAGUUCACAAUCAUUAUGUCUUAUUUUAAUAUGAUUUUUACAACGAAAAAAGUCAAGUUAUUGUGAUAGUCUUAGUGUCCUUGGCAGUUUCAUUGUGUAAGAACGUUCACCUUGGCCAUACAUUUGAACCCUGUUGGCUCAAACUUGCUUGACUCGAAUUCUGCAAUGGCUUUAAUUUCUUGUUUGCUCGAACUUGAUGUAAAGGACUGAUUUCUUUAUACUGAAGGUGAAAAAAUUUGCUUUUUUUUUUAAUUUUUGAGACUCCAUGUCCCUGGCAGUUUGAGCCAGCAGGGUUUGACUGUAGUUUGUAACCUUUCAAAAUAUAUACCGGGUAAUUCACAUAAAACUUGAUACACGUUUCCCCUGACAAUUUUCGAAGGCUUAUAACUCUGGUUUCAAUAAUUAUCCAGUUGUGGCUAUUUUCUACUGAAAAAACCCACAAGAGAUUAGGGUUGGCAUUCUCUUGCAUUGCUCUUGGAGCGUGCAAUCAGAAUGUAUUCCAUCUUGAAAAGGAAGUAUUGUGUAAAAAUACAUUGUAGAUAUCAUUUCAGAACUCAGGAGUACAAAGGUUGUUGCAGGGUUUUAUAUGACCCUUCCAAAAAUGCAUAUUCAUUAUCAUUAGCUGUUAAAUAUGUUUAUAGUUUUUGAAUUGAAACUUGUUCAUUUUUACGAUGUUGUAUACCGUGUAUGAGCUUGUUUUUCCAUUGUAAUACUCACAAGACAUAUUAGUUUUUAUUAACCUUUCAGCCAUAUUUUUGUUAAUAAAUAUUCCUGCCAUUAUGACAUUCCUUUAUUUUGACCAAUGUUGUAUUAUAGAUCUGAAAAUUAUACUCAUCUUUGUCUUCAGCAAUCUGAUUUAUCUGUGCCAUUUGAAUAUGUUUUGCUAAGUGCCAUUCAAGUGCUAUAUGACAUAUAUACAGUAUGCUUUAAUAGUUCCAUAACAGUUCUUGUUUUUUUAUUACCUAUUGUAAAAAUGUGCCAUUUAUAAAUUGCCCAUAUGAAUAGCCAAUCAAACAUUUUGUUACAUUUAUAAAGAAAAUGUACAGCGACAACCCUUCUCUUACAUUUAUAAAACAAACAAAUCAACCCUUCUUACUAUUUCAAAUCAUGUUAAAUAGUUGGUCUACUUUUGUUAUUAUUGCUCAAACAUGUAAUUUUAUGCAAGUUAUAAAAAUGUUUGAUACUGUUCUCAAAAAAAUAUUCACUGUGUUAUAACAGUUAUAUUAUGUUUUUGUUCACAAUUUUGUAACAUUCCUCAGAAUAACUUAUUUUUUUGUAUUAUUUAUUCAUUUAUCAUUUCAUUAUUCAAACCCAGGUUUUUUAUUUUUACACUUUGUGUACUUAAACUUUAGCUGAAUAAGUGCCUUGAAUUUUAACCUUAUCAUUUGUUUUUUCUUUGAGGUCGAUACCUUAUAUACUAAUAAAAAUGUAA